AUGUCUCAAAGCCAUGCUCUCUCCGACGACCAGGUCGCGGGCGAGCUCCGCAAGAUGACGGCGUUCAUCCGGCAAGAAGCCCUGGAGAAAGCCCGGGAGAUCCAACUGAAAGCGGACGAAGAAUUCGCGAUCGAAAAGUCCAAGCUGGUGCGCCAGGAGACCGCCGCGAUCGAUACCCUCUACGAGAAGAAGUUUAAGCAGGCCGCCAUGUCGCAGCAGAUCACCCGCUCGACGCUGGCGAACCGCACCCGGCUGCGCGUGCUGGGCGGUCGCCAGGAGCUGCUGGAUGAGCUGUUCCAGAAGUCCCGCGAUAAGGUGUCCACCGUUGCAGAGAGCGACAAGAAGAAGUAUCAGGUUAUGCUGAAGGGGCUGGUCCUCGAGGGCUUGUACGACCUUAACGAGGAGAAGGUGUCGAUUCGGGCACGGAAGAAGGAUAUCGAUGUUGCGAAGAAGGCGGCUGAGGAGGCGGCCAAGGAGUUCAAGGAUAAUGUUGGCUCGGAUGUCACCGUGACGGUGGAUGAGUCUGAUCCGCUGCCGGAGGGAUCUGCCGGUGGUGUGAUCAUCGUCGGUGGCCAGGGCAAGAUCGAUAUCAACAAUACCUUCGAGGAGCGGCUGCGGCUGCUGGAGAUUGACGCUCUCCCAGCGGUUCGGGAGACGCUGUUUGGGAAGAACGAGAACCGGAGAUUCUACGAUUAG